GAGUCCCUGAAAACGGGCUCAAAGUGAGCCCUCUCGCAGUACUUCCUCUCUCUGCGCGGCUAACAGCGGCAGCUAAUCCGGCUAACGGCGGCGGUGAUGGCGGAGCUGGUGCAGGGACAGGCCUCGAUGAACCAGCCGGGGCUCAAGUCAGACGGCCUGGUCGAUGUUUUACAGAGGGCCCGGCAGAUUGUGGGGAAGAUGGGGGGAGAAGCCAUGUCCCACCUCAACAGCUCCUCAGGAAGUGUGGAGCCCACGCUGUACUAUCCCGGACAGAAACGACCCGGAGAGGAUGGAGGUAACCAGCUUCCAGCCAUGGGCCAUCAAAGGGUAAUGACUGAGGAAUACAAGGUCCCUGACAGGAUGGUGGGCUUCAUUAUCGGCAGAGGAGGAGAACAGAUCACCAGGAUCCAGCUGGAGUCAGGAUGUAAGAUCCAGAUCGCUUCUGACAGUGGAGGUCUGAUGGAGCGGCCGUGUUCACUCACAGGAACUCCAGAGUGCAUCGAGCAGGCGAAGCGGCUGCUGGUGCAGAUCGUGGAGAGGUGUAGAAACGGUCCAGGUUUCCAUGGAGACGGGGAUGGCGGGACCUCGGUACAGGAGAUGCUUAUUCCUGCCAGCAAAGUGGGGCUGGUGAUUGGUCGAGGAGGUGACACCAUCAAACAGCUGCAGGAGCGAGCCGGUGUCAAGAUGAUGAUGAUCCAAGAUGGCCCGAUGCCCACAGGAGCUGACAAACCUCUCCGCAUCUCUGGAGAUCCGUACAAAGUCCAGGCAGCCAAGGAGCUGGUGUUGGAGGUGAUCCGAGACAGGGAUGGAGACUUCAGGUCCGGACGCAGUGACUUUGGAGGCAGACUGGGAGGAACCAGUCUGGAUGUUGCGGUUCCCAGGUUUGCUGUCGGCAUUGUGAUUGGUAGGAAUGGAGAAAUGAUCAAGAAGAUCCAGAAUGAUGCUGGAGUCAGAGUUCAGUUCAAAGCAGAUGACGGCAUCAGUCCGGAGCGCGUUGCCAUGGUGAUGGGUCAGCCCGAGCGCUGUCAGCACGCAGUCCACCUCAUUAAUGAGCUCAUCCAGACGGCUCAGGAGCGCGACGGAUUUGGCUCUGCCCUCCGAAGCACCAGGGUCAGAGGUCGCAGUGAUUGGACAAUGGGCUCUCCUGGUCCUCUGCAGGAAGUAACCUACACCAUCCCUGCGGAUAAGUGUGGCCUGGUCAUCGGGAAAGGUGGAGAAACCAUCAAGAGCAUUAACCAGCAGUCUGGAGCUCAUGUGGAGCUGCAGAGGAACCCGCCGCCCUCCACUGACCCCAACACCCGGGUCUUCACCAUCAGGGGCACCGCCCAGCAGAUGGAGGUGGCUCGCCAGCUCAUAGAUGAUAAGAUCGGGGGCUCAGGGAUUAUGAGUAACGGAGGAUUCGGCUUCAGUCCCUUCACGCAGGGCCCUGCCGCACACCAGAACAGCGGUCAGCCCUUCGUGACCGGUGUUUGGGGAAACACCUACCAGACUAGCUGGCAGAAUCCUGGACAACAGGACCCAGGUCACAGUUUGGCUCAGACAGGACAGAUGGACUACUCCAAAGCAUGGGAGCAGUACUAUAAGAAGUUAGGCCAGCAGAACCAGCCUCAGAACAUGAUGACGGACUACAGUAAGGCGUGGGAAGACUACUACAAGAAACAGAGUCAGUCGUCUCAGCAGAGUUCGGUCCCAGACUACACUGCAGUGUUAGCAGAAUACUACAGACAGCAGCCGUACCUGUGGAAUCCCGCCCAGAUACAGGAUCACUAGAGGCUCCUCCAUCACGGGCUCCAGGCCUCCGACGGUCGUUGACAGCAACCAAAACGGGGUUUCCAAGCAACGCUCUGCCGCUUCUUUCUUCCUUUUUGUAGAGAAAAACUAAGGAUUAACUGAAAAAUCACAAACUCUUUUCUUUCUGUUUUUUAACCUUACAGAGUUGAUAUUUUGUCAGGCAGAUUUUUUUGGACUAGCCUCUGGUCUCUCCACAGCAUAGACCUGUUUUUUCUUUUUUAUCAAACUUGAACUUAAAGAUCUAUCAGUGUGGCUUUGAACAAAAACAAAUCCAGUAUAAUCUAUAUUUUGUCUAGUUUUAUUUUUCUGAUAAACGGUAUAAGGCUUAGCAGUCUUGAGUAAGAAAAUCAGAUAUAUUGUUAUGUUUAUGGUAUUGUUUUAAAGCAUGCGUCAGAUUGUUGGUUGACUCUCAGUUAUAUUUUUUUUAUUUUGGCAUAGAAAUAUUUUAAUAGCGUUGGAUGGAAAUGUGAUGUUUUACCGUCAGAGAUAAAACUGUAUUUUGUACUAAAUUGAUGCUCGCUGGGUCUGUUUAUACUCAAUCUAAUUUUACCUGUUUAGUCGCCAUCUUGGAGGUGCAAUGACAUGAUUGUUGUUUUCUUUGGCUUGAUCAUUCUUAUUCCUGUUUAUCGAUCGUGGUCUCUAGGUUUUAUUAUGUAACAAUGGGAAAAAAUGGCAAUUUCUAUUGCGUUGUCUAAAGCCAGAUCUCUCUGUGGUCAAACACGUCGUAUCCUUGCAGAUUUUAACCUCAGUUCGGCGCCACGUUUCCACGCCUCCACUUUUAUCACAGACAGGAGGUCAUUCAAUAUUUUGUACACAGUGAAGCUUAAUUAUUGCUGAGUUUUGUACCCUUCUACGUCUCUGGUUUGCUUUUGGACAGCUUGUGUGGAGCUAAAUGUUGACAUUAUUGAUGCUAGCUGAUCAGGUGUUUGUUUUCAGCCAGUGAAAAGCUCAGCUGGUUGAACAUUAUCUCUGCUGAAUGAGUUACACAGGUCUGGUGAAUGAAUGCGCAGCUGUUAACUCAUGAAUGCAUCUGCCUGACUUUGCUUAUUGCCACGCUCACAAUGUAUCAAACGUUCAAAACCAAGUAAUCAGGUUAGCCUGGUAGUUAUGUUAAUAUGGAAAUAUGGUAAAGACUGUUUUGCCUUGAGAAAACUCAGAGCUGACAUAAUGAAACCUAAUAAAGUGCUUUUGCUCAUUGAACUUUACUGAGAUUCUGUUUUAACUUGCUGACAAACUGCCAUACACAAACGUCUGGUGCACAACUUCGCAUCGUCUGUUUUAACAAAAUAAGUAACCUGAGCAAGAACGUGCAUAUAAUAUACCUAUGUUAGCCUCCUAAAUGUACAAAUGCAUCAGUGUUAACAUUAAAAUUGCUGCAAGCAGAUAAUUAACAGCAAACCUAAUGUCCCUUUAUUGGUUCAAACAGUGACUCCCAUCAAGCGACAUUUCAUUGUUUUUCUGCUCUAAAAUAACAUUUUAAUAGAAAUGCAGAACAAAUUAGUUACAAUUUCUUCAAGACAAUAGUGUGAAUUUAUUCUAGGAUAAUACGAGAAAAAACUAGCAACACAGCAGCAAUCGCAGUGUUUUAAUUUUUCUUGCAAACUAUUCUUUCCAUAUGUGACGGUCCAUUGUUGACUUAAACGCUUAAAGAGCAGGCUAAACCUAAAACAAGCUAGCUUAGCUUGAGCUAGCCUCAAGCUAAGCUAAGACCAAUCUUAGACCCAGAACUUGUAAAUGUAGGCUCGUUAAAAUGGAAACAUCUUCACCUGGUAGCAUAUAUCUGACAUUAUUAGUUUAAUUUUCCACCAAGCUGUAGAAGCAGAUCCUGACCUCAGUGCUGGUCCUUUAAACCUCCUAGCAUUAAGGAAGGUCACAGCAUUGCUGAACGUUUAAAUAAGUGUCGCACAAGAAAAAUGACAUUUCUUAUCCUUAAAAAUCAACAAGGGAUUCCAGAUUUUUAAAAGAUUGCAAAAAAAAAAGUCGAACAACCGGUAAUAAAAUAGUUCCAAAGAAACAAGGAAAAGUGGUUAAAUAUUUAGCAUAACUUUGAAUUCGAUAAGCUGCCAAACCCACUGUCUGAACUCAACAUAUUCGUGUCUGUUUUGUGUUCCGAGUAAAUGAGCUGAAACUGCGUUAGCUUCAUAUUGUGUGUCAAAGCGGUGCUGAUUUCUGUUUUAGCUGCAUGUUGUGUGUUUAAGGCUGGGUUAUGUUCCUCAAACAAGCAGUUCUGUUGUUUUCAUAAACUUGCACAAAUGUAAAUAUAUUUUGGUUUUUCUUAUCUGAACUCAGCUAAUUUACUGUUAAGCUUUUUUGAUGCAAAUUUGGUAAACAUUUGAAAACUUGUUCAUUUUGUUUUUAAGACAUGUCGGUCCUGAAGUUUUCAGUCAUUUCUGUUUUUGAAAUCCAUGUUAGGUUUCUGCAGGAGUCAGAUUCCACCUUUGUUGCAGUAUUUCAGAUUGGUAGCCGAACAUGUUGUUAGCUGUAUGUUUUUUGCCUCAGAUUAUGCUAGCACGCUAUAGUUUGAUGAGUUUUUCAUGAGUUGGUCGUCAUAGAGAUGUUCCUGCAGCCCUGAGCAGCGGUUGCUCUGUUUUCUUGUGAACAAUGUUGGCGUCGGACCACAGAGAGGUUUGUCUUGUUUAAGGAGAUCUGGCUGUUAUUGAGUUGAAAUUGAAUCAGUGGUUCAGCUUUCAUUAUGCGUGAUGAUGAUAAAGACAAUAAUAAGUUCUCCUUUUCAGGGGGUCUAUUUAAAUCGUAUAACUAUUCAGUUUGUCAAUAAGAUACUUUGGUUUGUGUAAAUUUCCACUCUGGUGGGCGCUCUCCAGUUGAAAUGUAUUUUUGUCCUGUUCUACUGUUUAAUUCACAUGUUGUGUUUAACUGAUCUGCACGUGUGAGUGUGUUGUUUUCUCAAGACUGCUAGGUGAACUGCCUCCGUCUGCUCUUCCUGCCGAUCCGAGCUCCGCUGCAUUAGAAAGCUGGCUGGGUUUUCAACCCGUCUGUAACUGGACCAGAGAUGAGAUGAACUAGAACAUGUCGUUACAGACGUGUUGAAGCCCAGCUGCUUUUUGGUGGGGCGGCUCAGAGGCAAGGAGGGCUGCAUUGAAGGGGUUUCAGACCCCACAGGUUUAUUAAAACUGCUGGAUUGGAUUUUGCCUGGUGGCCGGUUCUGGUUUCCUGCUCGUUAUUGACAGCUCUAUCAGAACCGGACAUGAGUGCACCUGUCCGUUUCAGUGUAAGGCUUCCUAAUCCAGAGAUCUAUUCUGAAGGGGAGCUUUUGGUUUCAUGGUUUCUGUUGUUUUUCUAAUGGACAGACGUCCUAACUGUAACCUGCAGAUUUUUCUAUUAGAUUCUAUUGACAGAUAGUUAUGUCUGAACCCGAGCCACAGGACUGUUGUGGCAGAUGAUGAUUAAUAUGAGGGCUAAUAAACUGGCUCGUUCUUUCUGA